AUGGACAAUACAGCCAGUAAACCAGUCAAAAGAUUGCGCGAACGGUGCGGAAAGAUGUCGCAACUGCUUUCUUUGCUAAUCGACAGAGUGAAACAGUUGAAGGCAAGAGAUAAGAAGAAUUUAUUAGAAAUCGAAAGAUUGAAGACGGGCCUCGAAUCGGCAAAAAAGAUAGCAAAACCUUUUAUCAGUACUGAAUGGGUUGAUGUGGUCACCAGAGAAAAAAAAAAUGUUGUUAUCUACGGAGUACCAGAAUCAUCUGCCUCAAAUCUGACAGAUAAAAAAGCACAUGACGAAACCAAAAUUAGAGAGAUUUUCAAGGCUAUAAAUAAAUCUGACGUUUCAGUCGCAUACUCAAGAAGAUUGAGAUCAAAAGACCCAACAAAUCCUGGGCCAUUAUUGGCUUAUUUGUCUGAUGCUGCUAUCAGGAAUCCCGUCUUCUUGGCAGCUAAAAAAAUUGAGAGACUUUGGCAAAUUCAAAUCUGUUUACAUUAG